GCGCCCUUUCCUAUUCCGGGACAGGCUGCGAGCGAGCGAGGCGGAGGCGGGCUGGGGGCUGUUGAGAAAGCGCGCGCGCGAGCCCGAGCCGAAGCGGGCGGGGUUUGGGCAGCCCGGGAAACGGAGCCAGGGGGACCCCUCUCCACCCACCUCUUUCUCCGGUAGGGCUUUUCCCGUCGGGGAGGCUGCUGCAGUUGCACCCUGCUAACCCGGCAUCCCAAAGAGCUUUCUGGGGUGUGUGUUGCUGGGGGGAGUGCCAAGUGAACGGCCCUGGGGGGAGGAAGCUGCGGAUGACUUUGCAGCCGGCGGAAGGAGCAGCAGCAGCAACUGAAGGAGGAGGAGGCAGAGGCGACGGCGAUUGCGGUUUGAGCGGCGGCGGCGGCGAGCGAGCUCGGGAGCCCUGUGGAACGUUGAGGCGCCGGGAAGGAAAACACCCCCCCAUUGUGACGUCGCGUUCUUCGGAAGUGGAAAGUUUGUCCCAGCGUUCGAAAGGCGCGCCCGCUCGCCUUUGAUCUCCUUGGCUCGCUCGAGAGAAAAGAAGGGACCCCCCCUUCCUCCCCCGCGACCAGAGGAAGCGGCGUUUCUCCGGCUGCUAGUUUUCUUUCCCCCUCUCCCGCUGCUUCUUCCAAGCCUUGUAUGGACUGUGGUGCUUGCCCGCAGCCAUGGGGAAGAUGCUAUCAAAGAUAUUCGGCAACAAGGAGAUGAGGAUCCUCAUGCUGGGUUUGGAUGCCGCCGGCAAGACCACCAUCCUCUACAAGCUGAAGCUGGGUCAGCCGGUGACCACCAUCCCCACGGUGGGCUUCAACGUGGAGACAGUGACCUACAAGAACGUCAAGUUCAAUGUCUGGGACGUCGGGGGGCAGGACAAGAUCCGCCCUCUGUGGAGACACUAUUACACCGGCACCCAGGGGCUGAUUUUCGUGGUGGACUGCGCCGACCGCGACCGGAUCGACGAAGGCCGACAGGAGCUCCACCGCAUCAUCAACGACCGGGAGAUGCGGGACGCCAUCAUCCUCGUCUUUGCCAAUAAACAGGACCUCCCUGACGCCAUGAAGCCCCACGAGAUCCAGGAGAAACUGGGCCUCACACGCAUUAGGGACAGAAAUUGGUAUGUCCAGCCGUCCUGCGCAACGUCGGGGGAAGGACUUUACGAAGGUUUAAUGUGGCUUACUUCCAACUACAAAUCAUAAUUCUAGGGCUAUAUAUCUAUAUAUAUAUAAUUUACGUGCGGACACGCAAAAAGAAUCUAACCAAUGAAUUCUAGAACAUAUAUAUUCUCUUCUCCUCCUCCCCCUGUUCCUCCUCAACGAAAAAUUUGAAACGAAUUCUUCGGUCUAGCAGAAGUGGAGAGUUUUCUCGGCAAAUUGCUUUGCUGUAGCAGAAGUGGAGAGUUUUCUCGGCAAAGGGACGUGGGGCAGCAAGCUGUCCGCAAGAGAUUUCUCUCUCUUUUGCCGUCUCCUCUGUCCUGGGAGGUGGCGGCGUUGGAUAUAUGCUGAUGGGAGCAAAGGGGUGCGGGUGGGGAGACUCUUAGCCCCAACCCUAUAUACGAAAGUUAUGUCUGCUAGGUUUGCACCCCUUUAAUCUUUCUGCCCCCCCAAUUCCUGUGGUUCUCCAACCUGUGGUGUCCUCAGCCUGAAAGCUGAGCUGCCUUGUGGGCAGAGUUGGCAGAGCUUGGCGAUGUUGCCCAUGCCAUAAUGGCAGUGUGUUUGGGGAGGUGGGCGCCUUGGCAGGGGAAAUGCUUUCCCCUUCCUGCAUUGUUGAGAGCGAGGGAUGGAUUCUGUCUCCUUGCUUAGUGUUCUUGCCUUCCACAAGCCUUGGGUUCAAGGGCCACAAGUGGAUAGACUGCCCUUCGUCCAUUUUUGCAUGGGGGGGUGGGCGGGCGUGGGAGAGACACUCCCCCACACCCACCCCUAGACGAGGCGUGUUCAAGUCCUGGUGCCAUCCUGUGUUGCCGAUGGAGGUUCACAUUCGGAAAUGCUUUGCUUGCUGCAGGCUGCACCCUGUCCUUUUGCUGGGAACACCCGUCUCUCUUUCCCUGCCUCUCCCCUCUCUCUCUUGACCUGCUCAACCUGCUGGGGUUGCCUGCUUGGUGUAGGCAAGGAUGUGCGAGGCCAACGCCCGACCGAACCAGUUCCCCCACCGCAAGGUGGGUGGAAUUGAAGGAACCAUUAAUCAGAGCUGGGGCUGGCUCCCUCUCGCCGGAGCCUGGAUCUUCCUGAUGGAGGCGGCUUGAGCUUCCCUCCACUUUUUCAGCAAGGGACAGGUGGAAAUCUGGAUUGGGGGUUGUGCAGCUCUGGGCGGCUUCCUGGGCUUUCCACCUGGCUUUGGGGUGGGGAAUUCCUGGCUUCCAACCUGGCCAGAUUUCUAGCCGGACUAAACCGAUCUGGGUCUGUUUUGCUCCUCUGCCCUGUUCCGAUUCCAUCCUUCUGCAAAACUUGUUUUCCCAAAAUGGGAAUUGCAUCCGUCACAUCCUUCUCUUUUCCACAGCCUUGGCUAAAGAUCUGCCUUGCCAAGUUUCCCAUCCUAGAGAAAGGACCAUUGGACCCAGUAUUUGCCAACCUGGUGCCCUCCAGGUCUUUUGGACUAUCACUCCAAGCAGCCCCAGCAAUGGGGGUGCCAGGUUGGCAAGGCUGAUUUAACUUAGCUUCAGCAGUGGUUGAGACCGUCUUCCAACUGUUGGGAACUACGUGUUCAUUACCAGGAUGUGUUUGUUUGUGUGUGUGUUUGGUGUGAGAAACGUGCUCUGCCAGUUGUUUUCCAGGUGGGUACGAAUUCUCCUCAGUUCCUAAUGUUACCGACAAAGUUGAUGAACUUUUUCGUCCAUAGCAGCUUAAACUAAGCACAGGAUCCGAGGCACAGAACAAAUAAGAGGCUUUUUUUCAGGGACCAUGAAUCACUUUGCCCUGAUUUCACACUUCUGCUGUAACUCGAGAUCUAUUUCCCCUUAACCCUCCCCCCUUUUCAUUUGAGGCUGAUUCUUAAGAAGUAGUGACCAAUUUGGGGUGAAAUCUCUCUUUGUCAUCCCUUGAUUCACCCUGGGCAGGGAGGACUUGCAAAUGACUCCGCCCAUCCAAAUUGCUAGCUUUUGAACUGGAACUGGGUUCGUCCUCUGUCCCCCCCACCCAGCAAAAUGGGUCUACUCAGGUAGUCGGGCAUUUCCACCUCCCUCCCCUUCCUGUCCAGGAUCACAAUGAGGAGAUCUCCUCAAUUUAACUUUGCAAACUUCUUGCUUGGAUGCCUUCCUGGGUGAGAAACCUCCCCUCCCUUUGAUACAAGAUCCGGUUAGUUUUCCCCGACCGUGUGUGUAUGUCGCAGGAGCAAAUUCUCGGUGGGGAUGGUUUUUUGGCAUUGUAGCGGGAAGAGAGCUUUCUUACCCCGACCCCCAUGAGAAAGGCAGCUGUUGCAUGGCCAGAUGGCUCAGGCCUUGCUUUUUCUGCUACCCCUUGCUUAGAUGCACACAGGGGCCCACAAUUGCAAGCUGCACCUUAAGGUAGAUUUUUAUUUUUAUUUUUUGCUCGGAGGGAUCGGGAGCCUGUUCCUCUGUGCUUUGGAGGGAAAGGAAAUGGCUCGUUAUCUGGAAAACACCAAGUUGUGGUGGUGGAAUUGUACGGAAGGUACCAAGCGAUCAGGGUGGGGUCCUUCCACCACCACCACCCGCUCUCUGGGACCUAUCCGGCCUCGUGCUCUUCUGCUGUCCCCGCAGGGAAGUCUUGCCCGCUGUCCUUUGUGCCAUGUUCCCACACCGCAGCCUGCUCUGCUUGGGCGUGAUCUUUUUUGAGAAAGCGUGACUCAUAACUCCCACAAGGAGUGUUCGUUCUCCUCUUCCCCCCCCUCCCCACACCCCGCUUUCAGAAGGGGGAGGGAGCAGUUCUGCACAGCUCAGCGAGCUCUAGCGCACAUCUGCAGCAAACUUCCCCCUCUUCAUCCCUCCUUGCCCAGCCUUAGAGCGGCAACCACAUCUCGCCUGCCUGGCUCACUCCUGAAUUGAACCUGCAGCAGCGAAGGGAUCUGUGCCUCUUCCCCGCCCCCCCUGCAAAAAAAACCUUGCACCCAGGACUAAGACUGGUGUGGGACUUUCCCCCCAUCUUGCUUCCGUCCCUCCCUUUCUUGAAACUGACUUGGAUGAAGAACUCAGUGCCUGAAUUUCAUGGUGGCAAUAUUUUGUGCAAAUGCACCUCUCUUCCCCUACCCUACAGAACUGAAUUUUCGACGCUGAUAUUUUUGUGCCUGUUGAAAGUAGCGCCAACCCUUGAAUUUUGCUCAGAUCCCUGAACAGUAGGGAUUAUUAUUUUUUGGGAGGGAGGGGGUGACCAGGUGUGCUCCCCCUACUGCUCCUGAAGGCAAUCUUUCUUUCUCCCCCAAAUAAGCUGCAUUUAACCACGAUUAGAAACGGCACUUGAAAAGUACGCUUUGAAAGUGUUUCGCGGCGUUGGGGUGGGAAGUUUAACUCUUUUAACAUUCCUGCGCUGUAUGUUUCCCCCUCGCUUCGUCACCCGAUCACACCAUGCACUUCUCUUCCCGCCCCCAAUCUUGCUGACAUUCCAAUGGAUCUGCUUUGCUUUUGGGGGGGGGAGGGGGAUCCGCCAGUCGGAUUCCCGGGUGAUCGCGUCGGAACGAGACAGAAUUUAAAAGUCAGGUGACCGCCAUCUGCUUAGGCGUUCCGAGAUAAUCCAAUUCCGCUAGCACGAAAUGUGUGUGACCGCGGACGUCAUUGGGAAUUUGUGUGAUGGGAAUUCAGGCUGGGGGGCGGGCGGGGGCGGGAUAAAACCUCUGGCCCCUUUCUCUUCCAGAUAUAUUUUGCCUCCCUUUCAUUUCUUCAAAGUAAAAUGUUGCUUUUGACUGUUUUCCCCAAGUUGUUUUUUUUUGGGGGGGGGUGCUGCUGCUGUGUGCUUUACCUUGCAAAGAAAUAGGUGGAAAGAAGUCAUUGUUUCCUUCCCCCCCCCCCACGAGCACCGAUGAAAAAUAACCCACCUUAAACAAAGCUUUUCAAGCCCUACACCUGGGUGGGUGAAUGCUGUGGCAGCCAGAUUCUAGGGCACAGAUGGCUGCAAAUUUAAGCUGGAAGGCAGUGGUUAAUUCGGGUGGACCGGACCAUGCCUUAAUCUGCUGGCGAAGAUCUGAGAUCUGGCCACUAGGAUAUGUGUAUUAACGCACUUCUGUUACCCUGACUUGGAAAGGUCUGUGUCGGUGGUGGUGAUAUAAGGAGGCACUUAAUUUCCCACCCCCACCCCAUUGUUCAGUCACUCUUUCUCUGCCUCCCUAGUUGUUGGGUUUUGUUUUUUGCCUGUGUAGUCACAUUAAAAUAAUUCCCAGAUUCACACACAACGGAGGCACGGAGGUGCUUGAUUUCUUGUGGGUGGGAGGGAACGAUAACUGGGAGGGUUUCUGCGAUGUCAAUAAGGGCUUCUCAGUUACUGAACGGAAGAACAAGGUACUUUUUGUAAGCAAAUCUGCAGCUGUCUUAACUGGAAUACAUUGGGUUUGUCUUUGGGUUUUUCUUGGUUCCCUCCCCCACCCCACCCCCCUCAAAAAAUUAUGUUUCCUUUCUUCCCCCCUGACUAGCAAAAUGAGGGGUGUGUUUAUCAGAUGCUGAUCUGCAUAUGCAAAUGUACUGUACAUUUAACGCUGGAAUUUCUUUUGGAAUCUUUUCUUUCAGGUUGGGGGAAUUCAGACGUGUCUUGUGGUUAUGGGUUCCCGGGGUAGGGGAACACCCUAAUCUUUACAAACAAGGGCUCACUUCAGUGAACUGUUUUUUAAAAAAUUAAAAAAUGAAAAUAAAUGAUUUUUCUUUCUAGCCUUCAUGAAAA